CACAACGUGAUUCUAGCCCGAGGGGAAGAAGCUUGUAAGCAUUAGCAACUUGGAAUGUCAAAGCUCCAUCAUAGAACCGUCGACCGGGGGUCGACCGGGGAUGAUCUCCCCACUACGCCUCGACCUGGUGGGUGGGCAGGCGGGUUGCAGGUGCCAUUACGACAUUCUAUGUCCUAUGAGAUACUAUGAGAUGCCAAUAUGCCAACCCUUGCCCCGCGCUAUCGUGUUAUGCUGUAGCUCUCACGAGAUUGUCUUGCCUUAGCAGAGCUUAGCUCUCCGAGUACGGGGGAGCAAAGGAGGCGAGUGAUUUUAUUUUAUUUUUCUUUCAUUCUCAUGUGUUGAGUGUUGACUUUAUAUCUCGUCCUCCCUGUUUCCAUUGUCAAAAGUCACGAUAAUCUUAUUUUGUAUUUUGAAGUCAAAUACUUGUAUCUCUGCUAUCUAUCCAUUUGAUACCCUCCCUUGACGUUCCUCAUAUUUACUGACUAGGUAAAAUGGAUCCCAAAUCGGCGAGCAACCUUUCUUUUAUCCUUAAUAAACCCCAUGAUGUCGAGUUUUCAGACAAGCCCGUUCCUUCCCUCCAAACACCCCACGAUGUCCUCAUCGCCGUGAACUACACCGGAAUUUGCGGCUCGGACGUUCACUACUGGGAGCAUGGUGCUAUCGGCCACUUCGUUGUUAAGGAUCCCAUGGUUUUGGGCCACGAGUCGUCCGGUACCGUCAUCCAAGUCGGUUCCGAGGUGAAAACGUUGAAGGCUGGUGAUCGUAUUGCUCUAGAACCCGGCUACCCCUGCCGGCGAUGCCAACCUUGUCUGAGUGGCAAGUACAAUCUCUGCCCUGAGAUGCGUUUCGCCGCGACGCCUCCCUACGACGGCACCCUGACGGGCUUCUGGGUGGCCCCAGCCGACUUCUGCUACAAGCUACCCGAUAACGUCUCCCUGCAAGAAGGCGCCUUGAUCGAGCCCCUCGCCGUAGCCGUUCACAUCGUCCGACAAGCAGUCGUAACCCCAGGACAAUCAGUCAUCGUUAUGGGAGCUGGUCCCGUUGGUCUUCUCUGUGCAGCAGUAGCUCGUGCCUUUGGUGCAUCCAAGGUAGUCUCCGUCGAUAUUGUCGAGUCAAAGCUCGCCUUUGCCAAGUCCUUCAGCUCGACACACACGUAUAUUAGCCAACGUGUAUCUGCGGAGCAAAACGCAGCCAAUAUCCGGAAGGAGGCAGACCUUCCUGACGGCGCGGACGUGGUGAUCGACGCAAGUGGCGCGGAACCCAGUAUACAGACGAGUUUGCACGCGGUGCGCACGGGCGGCACGUAUGUUCAGGGCGGCAUGGGCAAGUCGGACAUCACAUUCCCCAUCAUGGCCAUGUGCAUCAAGGAGGUCACCGCUAAGGGCAGCUUCCGCUAUGGAAGUGGUGACUACAAGCUCGCCGUCGAGCUCGUCGCCGGCGGCAAGGUCGAUGUCAAGAGGCUCGUCAGCGCCGUUGUUGCGUUCAAAGAGGCCGAGGACGCGUUCAAGAAGGUCAAGCAGGGUGAGGUUAUUAAAAUCUUGAUCGCGGGCCCGAACGAGAAGGGCGCCGCUGCUGUUGCUUCUAAAGCUUAGACCUGUCGUGAAACAUCUGUAUGAUUUCCCAGUACUGGCUGGGCGUGCGCUGUUGAUAAGAGCGACGGUUGUUGCAGAUUGUAAUACACGGUUUGUUACUAUAUGCGACUAUCAGUAUGACUCUAUAAUGUUCGUAUGCAGUGAAAU